UCUACAAAAAGGUUUUAUGUCAUAGGAAUCAUCUUGGCACAUCAAGGAGAAGGACAAGUCUCAAUACUUCAAGCAUGGAGUUAUGGAUAAGAUUGUCUAUGAGAGCAGUGCACCUGGCACUGAGACACAGCACUAUGCAGUGGCCAUUUUGCAAGAUAAAGAAUUGCACUGCACACCAAUACAAGGAAUCAUCCAAAUGCGGCCUUCAUAUUCCUACUAUGACAAGCAAGACAAGAGAAAAACUGAUAAAAACAAAGCUGAUUCUGAAGAUGAAGAGAAAGAACCUGAAGCCCAGCAGGUUACGGUGAAAUUUGCGCGCCAGGAAACUGAAGUAUCUAAGAAGGCCAAAGAGAAGUCGUAUGAGACUAUCGCACAGCGCAUCAAUGAAGAACCGUGGUUCGAUGCUCUCUGGAAAAGUUCCGAAACUGAUCAUGCUGAGUUGGAGCGAUUGAAGCUAUUCAGUGCUACUUCAUCAGACGGGUCGGCAUUAACGGUACGUGCGAAAGAGUACGUGCGCGCGUUAGUACCGGCUCCACCUGAAGAUGAGGCCGACAUAGCGCCCACUAAGCGACCUUCACCGCACGAACAAAUUAAGGAAAUAUUGAUGAGAGCAAAAUUGAUGACAUUCAACGACCUCCGUUCCUUGGUCCGCACGGAGGAAGGUCCCCUGACGCCGGCGGUGCUGCUGUCGGCGCUGAGUGGCGCGGCGUGCUGCGUGCGCGGGCUGUGGGCGGCGCGCUCCGCCGACCUGUACACGCGCGCACUGCCUGUACCCGCGAGGUUACUCUGUGCUGCCAGGGACCAUGUCUUGUAUCUCUUCACUCAACAUUCCUACGUCGACCGACGGAAGGUAGCUGCGGCAGUUCGUCUGCCCCCCGCAGAGGUGUUAGAAAUUAUCCGCUCAGUUGCGAAAUUCAAUCCUAACACUGGCUGGGAGCUGAUUAUACCACCUGACCUCGCGUUCGAAGCUAAAUACCCAGAAGUUGUACAAAGACAAAACUUGUACUGGGAAGCUCGACAGAGGAUGUUCAAUGAAAUGUUGAUUGGAGAAAACAUACCCAAAAGGCAAAGAAAGAAAUCUCAAAGAGAUUCAGUUUCAUCCGACACAAUGAUGAGUCCGAAACCUCGCUGCAACAGUGUGACUGAAGAAGAAAGUGAUAAAAAGAGACACAAAAAUAAAUCUGCCACUGGCAGUGGUAAAAGGACUAGGAACACAAGUUCCAGCAGUGUGCAGGAUGCGACGUGAUUCUCUUCAUAGCUAGGUUAUCAAAUUGUAGUGUAGUCACCCACCAGCUUAGUGAUUGUAAGUGAACUGUGAGCCUAAGCUAACUUGUUGUUGUACAUUGUAAACAUUUUGGUGCUGCUAAUCAACGUGUGUAUGCGACAUGACAGUUUAUCAAUGGACUUCCAAACAUUUUCAGUUAAUUGCAAAUAGAAAAUAUCUUUUAUAAUAUCCGUAAAAACAAACCUAUUAAAGCUGUUUAUGGAAUGUUUAGUACUGAACUCUAAUCAUAUUUUAUUUGUAACUAUUUUAGAACAUAAUUUUAACCUUUAAUUGCUUUAUUUCUUGUUUGUAUUUAAAUUCCUAUAUGCUAUUUAUUUUCUCAUUUAGUUUCUAUCACGCUUCUUUGCAUAAUUAUGCACUUGUUUAUUAAAUCUUAGUUAAAUGUUUGUUGACUAGAAAAUCUGAGUUGAAUGUUUUAGCUUUGUUGAGUUUCAGAGAGUUCAUGAUCUACGUGAUAUUUUUACAAAUAAUAUUUAAUAUACAUCAAGAUUUGAAUGUUAUUGUGUUAAUAUUCUUGUAACACAGUUACAUGCAUCGUGAAGAGAAUCUGGACUCAGUUCCAUUGAUUACUCCAAACUAAGCAUAAAAUAAUUUAAUUAUGUUGAUAACUAGUGGACUGUAUUUUAUGAAAUAAUGUUAUAAAUAGUGGCAUAUGUUAUACCUAUUACUGCAUGGCAGUUUGAAAGUCUAGUAAAAUAAUAUAGGUAAUGACUAGCUUAUUUUUAAUAUUGAAAUCUGGUAGUGAAUCAACAUGAAAUAUCCAUUUAAUAUGCAAAGGAAAUGUGCCUAAAUGAUGUCUCUGAAUAGUUUGUGGAAUCUAAGAUUAAAAUAAUGUUAUUAGCAUAAUUUGUAUAUUAUAUUUUACCAUCACAAAACACUGUAUGACUAGAGCUUGAUUUCUAAAAUUAUAUUAUAAAUCUACUGUUGACUUGUACUCAGUUUAUCUGAUUAUGCUGAAAUGAAAUGUAUUCGGAUAAAUCAGUUGUUAAAAAGAAUGGCGUCUGAGACAAGCUUUUACACGGCGCUUAUGAUUUAUAUCGAAAUGUAGUCUAAGUAAGAAAUGUUUUAGGUUUAAGUUGAUUAUUUUUUUCUCCAAAUGUACUGAUUUUUAAAAGCAAUAUCUGUCUCCUUUAUUUUAUUUACUCUAGUAAAAGCUUGUUUUGGCCAAAACACUACCAUUGGCACAUUUUUUAAUGUAACUUCCGUUGUUUACCCUAGUUGAGUGCUUAAUAUCCUUAGAAGUACCUACUAAAGUUCACAUUUUAUUUAAAUAGCUAUCUUACUAGGUGAAAAUGGUCAAUAUAUUGCAUUUGUAUAUAAUUGUCGUUUGUAUGCUAUCAGAAUGUAAAAUUGUGUAUGAGCAAUUGUGAUUUUAUCGAUAAGUUGUUAAUUUUGUAAACGAAAUAAAAGGAAUGAUUAUUAUUUA